AGCGCGGAGUCCUCCAGGAGAAAGCCCUUUCCUCCAAAGUCCCUUCCUGCCUGGCUUUUCCCUGGGGGGAGGAACGUGGUCUUUGUCUCUCCCAGCGCUGCAUUGGGGGGACCCUUCAGGAGCCGGGGCUGGCAUCACUUCUGAUUAGGACAGACUGAAAUUGACAGAAGGCCAAGGAACUCCUUUGGACAUCUUGAAGGCGUUCUUGGAGCACAGAUGGAUGAGCAAAACUCAGCUGGCCCUGAAGCAGGAAGAGGCCACAGUGCCAUCAAACCAGGGAACUCUGCAGUAUUCUGGAAAAACUCAGUGCAGGAGGUCCUGGGUGAGGAUACCCUCCCUUCAGAUGUGCAGCGACAGCAGUUUAGACAUUUCUGCUACCAGGAAGCCAAAGGACCCCGAGAGGUUUGCAACCAACUCCACCAUCUUUGCCACCAGUGGCUGAAACCAGAGCAAAACACAAAGAAUCAGAUGCUUGACCUGGUCAUCCUGGAGCAGUUCCUGGCUGUCGUCCCCCCGGAGAUGCAGAGCUGGGUGAGGGAGUGUGGGGCAGAGACCAGCUCCCAGGCAGUGGCCCUGGCUGAAGGUUUUCUCCUGAGCCAGGCAGAGGACAGGAAGCGGGAAAAGCAACAGGGACAGGAUCUGCUUGCAAAAAUGGGCACAGAUUUCACUGAGAUGGAGAUGAUUCCCUUGGACAGCAGACAGAGGCCACUAGGUGACUGGAUGAUGCUGGCAGGACCUCCUCCUGCAUCUCCUCUUCACAGCAGAGGGGAAGCAGCUUCUGUGGCACUGGAUAAGAGUCCAGCAUCCUUCGAGGAUGUGGCUGUGCAUUUCACAGAUGAGGAAUGGGCACUGCUGGAUCCUGACCAGAGAGCUCUGCAUACAGAAGUCAUGGAGGAGACCUGUGGGAUCUUGGCCUCUCUUGACGGUGGAGAAUUGGAAAGCAAAAAUAAGAGAAACUGCUAUGAAAUCUAUACAGUGGGGGAGCCAUAUAAAUAUUGGGAGUGUGGCGAGAGCUUCAGUCAGAGCUCCCUUCAAACAAUUCAUACAGGGGAGAAACAAUUUCAGUGCUUAGAAUGUGGAAAGAACUUCGUUCGGAGCGACCAUCUCACGUCCCAUCAAAGAAUUCAUACAGGCGAGAGACCAUAUCAAUGCUUGGAAUGUGGAAAAAGCUUCAGGUUGAAACAUAAUCUCACUUCCCACCAAAGAAUUCAUACCGGGAGGAAACCGUAUCAGUGCUUAGAAUGUGGAGAGUGCUUCCGCUGGAAGAGAAGUCUCAUUUCCCAUCAAGGAAUUCAUACAGGGGAGAAACCAUAUGAAUGUUUAGAAUGUGGAAAGAGCUUCAGUCGGAGACACCAUCUCACUUCCCACCAAAUGAUUCACAGUGGGGAGAAGCCCUAUCAGUGCUUGGAAUGUGGUAAAUGCUUCAGCCAGAGUUCACAUCUCUCGACCCAUCAAAUAAUUCACAGCAAGGAGAAACCGUUUCACUGCUUGGAAUGUGGAAAGAGCUUCCGUCGGAGCAGCCAUCUCAUCCUCCAUCAAAUGAUUCAUACAGGAGAAAAACCAUAUCAGUGCUUGGAAUGUGGAAAGAGCUUCCGUUGGAAGGAAAGCCUCACUUCCCAUCAAAGAAUCCACACCGGGGAGAAACCAUACCAGUGCUUGGAAUGUGGAAAGUGCUUCAGUCGGAGCAGCAGUCUCUGUUACCAUCAAAGAAUUCACACAGGGGAGAAGCCUUAUCAGUGUUUAGAGUGUGGGAAGGAUUUCAGCCAGACCUCCCACCUGUAUUCCCAUCAAAGGAUUCACACAGAGGAGAAACCAUUUCAGUGCUUGGAAUGUGGUAAAACCUUCAACUUUAAGAAAAACCUCACUUCCCAUCAAAGAAUUCACACAGGGCAGAAACACUAUAAAUGCUUGGAAUGUGGAAAGUGCUUCAAAGACAGUGAGAGUCUCAGUUCCCAUCAAAAAUGUCAUACAGGGGAGAACCCCUUCCUGCUUGGCUUCUCCCUGGGGGGAACGAACGUGGUCUUUGUCUCUCCAGCGCUGCAUUGGGGGGGACCCUUCUGGGAACCGGGGUUGGCAUCACUUCUAAGUAGGAAAUUGACAGAAGGCCAAGGAACUCCUUUGGACAUCUUGGAGGUUUUUCUUGGAGCACAGAUGGAUGAGCAAAACUCAGCUGGCCCUGAAGCAGGAAGAGGCCACAGUGCCAUCAAACCAGGGAACUCUGGAGUAUUCUGGAAAAACUCAGUGCAGGAGGUCCUGGGUGAUGAUACCCUCAGUUCAGAUGUGCAGCGACAGCAGUUUAGACAUUUCUGCUACCAGGAAGCCAAAGGACCCCGAGAGGUUUGCAACCAACUCCACCAUCUUUGCCACCAGUGGCUGAAGCCAGAGCAACACACAAAGAAUCAGAUGCUUGACCUGGUCAUCCUGGAGCAGUUCCUGGCUGUCGUCCCUCCGGAGAUGCAGAGCUGGGUGAGGGAGUGUGGGGCAGAGACCAGCUCCCAGGCAGUGGCCCUGGCUGAAGGUUUUCUCCUGAGCCAGGCAGAGGACAGGAAGCGGGAAAAACAACAGGGACAGGAUCUUUUUGCAAAAAUGGGCACAGAUUUUGCUGAGAUGGAGAUAAUUCCCUUGGACAGCAAACAGAGGCCACUAGGUGACUGGAUAAUGCAGGCAGGGCCAUCUCUUCUUCAUAGUGGAGGCGAAGCAGCUUCUGUCGCACUGGAACAGGGUCCAGCAUCCUUCGAGGAUGUGGCUGUGCAUUUCAUGGAUGAGGAAUGGGCACUGCUGGAUCCUGACCAGAGAGCUCUACAUACAGAAGUCAUGGAGGAAACCUGUGGGAUCCUGGCCUUACUUGAAGGUGGUGAAUUGGAAAGCAAGGCUAAGGGAGACUACUACAAAAUCUAUACAGUAGGGACGCCAUGUAAAUAUUGGGAGUGCGGACAGAGUUUCCACCAGAGCUCUCUUCAAGGAAUUCAUAAAGGGGAGAAACAAUAUCAGUGCUUGGAAUGUGGAAAGACUUUCAGUCGGAGUGACCAUCUCACUUCCCAUCAAAUAAUUCAUACAGGCGAGAGACCAUAUAAAUGUUUGGAAUGCGGAAAAACCUUUAGCUUGAAACAUAAUCUCACUUCCCACCAAAGAAUUCAUACAGGGAGGAAACCAUAUAAGUGCUUGGAGUGUGGGGAGACCUUCCGCUGGAAGAAAAGUCUCACUUCCCAUCAAGGAAUUCAUACAGGACAGAAGCCAUAUGAAUGCUUAGAAUGUGGAAAGAGCUUCAUCCAGAAGGAAACUCUCACUUCCCACCUAAAAAUUCAUACAGGGGAGAAACCGUAUCAGUGCUUAGAAUGUGGAAAGUGUUUCAGUCGGAGAGAUCAUCUCACUUCCCACCAAAUGAUUCACAGUGGGGAGAAGCCCUAUCACUGCUUGGAAUGUGGAAAGAACUUCAGUCAGAGUUCACAUCUCAUGACCCAUCAAAGAAUUCACAGCAAGGAGAAACCAUUUCACUGCUUGGAAUGUGGAAAGAGCUUCAGUCGGAGCAGCCAUCUCAUGUCCCAUCUGAUGAUUCAUACAGGAGAGAAACCAUAUCAGUGCUUGGAAUGUGGGAAGAGCUUCCGCUGGAAGGAAAGUCUCACUUCACAUCAAAGAAUUCAUGUAGGAGAGAAACCAUAGAAGCUGUAGAAGCUAGGGGUCAGUGGACCUGGCAGGGCUGCUAAGAAGUCACAGAGGUGUGCUGCAAGUAGCCAUUGAAAGCCUCCUCCAUUAAUUUAUCCAAUCCCCUUUUACAAACAUAUGUGUUAAUGACUGUCAGUACCUCUUGUGGGUAGGGAUGAAUUCCAGUUUAAAUGUGUCCUUAAAUGGGCUUUCCUGCUGUUUUGAAGUGUCCUUGAAGGAAAGGAGGUGAGUGGUGGUGGCAGCAUGGUAGUUUUAGGCCUGGGGUGCCUUGGUUCCCUCCUGAGAUCCUGCCACCACCAGACAUAUGAUUAGGAAUCCCUGACAGUAAAUAUUGACUAAACCAGGGAUAAGGGACCUGUGGCCCUCUAGUUGCUGUUGAGUAUGGACAUGUGGGGGAUGCGGGGGGCGCUGUGGGUUAAACCACUGAGCCUAGGGCUUGCCGAUCAGAAGGUCGGAGGUUCGAAUCCCUGCAAUGGGGUGAGCUCCCGUUGCUUGGUCCCAGCUCCUGCCACUCUAGCAGUUCAAAAGCACGUCAAAGUGCAAGUAGAUAAAUAGGUACCUCUCCAGCAGGAAGGUAAACGGCAUUUCCGUGCACUGCUCUGGUUCGCCAGAAGCGGCUUAGUCAUGCUGGCCACAUGACCCGGAAGCUGUACGCUGGCUCCCUUGGCCAGUAAAGUGAGAUGAGCACCGCAACCCCAGAAUCGUCCGCAACUGGACCUAAUGGUCAGGGGUCCCUUUACCUUUUUACAAUGGUCCUCAAGCCUGUGGGGUGUGACUUAGAUAUGGGAUACCUUUACCUUUAUGGACAUUUGGGGUGGGGUGGGGUGGGGAUAGAGGGAAGAAAAAAUGCAACACAAUUGAUGUACUACUCUUGUCUGUCUAAAGGGGGCAGUGUAAGAACAUUAAUUCAGGGUUCCAACAUUACCUGUCUGCUGCUUUGGUUCCCUGGCUUGUACCAGGAAGAUGUGUGGCAUCGCAUGGCAGGACAGAGGCUCAAACAAAGAUGUGCUCUCCCAAGCCCACAUUCCCAGCAUGUGUGCACUCUUGUCCCAGCGACGACUACCCUGGCUUGGUCACGUCUGCAUAAUGGAAGAUGUCAGGAUCCCCAAGGGCAUACGAAGAGCUGGCUUCAGACGCUGGGCCUGUUUGGCAGACCACUGUUGUGUUACAGAGACUUCUGCAAACGUGACACGAAGGCUGGCAACAUUAACCCUGAAUGUGGGAAUCCCUUGCAGAUUAUUGCAGUGCCUAGAGAUAGUCAGGUUGUGUAUCCACAGCAGUGACCUCCAUCCCAGCCAAAUUCACCCACAGCCCAGUCUACCUCCUAGGGACAAUCUGCCUUGGUACCCCAAAUCUCCUCUAGUUGUAAUCCUCGAUGCUUGGACAGCUUGGCCAAUUUUCACAAACACCCUUGUGUCACCUUCCUCUGGUAAGACCUUUUACACAGGGCAGCCUCUCAGACUAGCUCAGCCCCCGGCUUCCUUCUCCUGAUCUUGACAUAUUAACAUACUGUGUAUUAAUAUUGAGGCCUUAGCCAUUCUCCUCAGCUUCUCUCUCUGGUCUAUUCAUCACACUUUCCUCAUAAACUCCCUAUCUCCCAACUGAACUCCCCUCAACUGACUAAACUCUCCCUUACUGAUACGAACCUCCCAACUGACACGAACCUCCAACCAAUCAGAUUCUGCCAACACCAAAACCAACCAACCAGACUGAAUUCUCAAAAGCAAUCCUGUCUCUCUCAGAACCUACCAUGGAAAACUACUGCUAUGUAGGCUUUGCAGCAUCAUAACAACACAAGGCCUUAAACAGAAUAUUUUCACAGAAUAUUUUCCCCUUCAAAACACAAAUGUGAACUAAUGUAUUAACGGCAAUUGCUGACAAAUAUAGUAAAAUUAUUUAGGUAUCUAAGUGAAUAAAGAAUUGUGUAAUUAUGUAAUAUAUCCUUGCUCAAUGCCUUUCAGAGUGUGGGCCCCCUCAGGUACUAGACUGCAAACGCCUUCAGAUUAUAAUACAUAUUCAAAUGUAGUCAUAUAAAAUGUGAAGUUUGGGCAGUGACUGACUGCCCAACAAUACAGCUUUGUGGCUGAAUAGGGAUUUGAACCCUGGUCUCCAAUGGCCUUGUCCAACCCUCCACAACACAAUGAGCACAUAAAGAAUUGAGGGGAAUUUUGGCCUGGUGGAAAAGGUGAGGUGUGAGCUGGGGUAUUGUUUAUUUUUUUGUUGCUGUUAUUUAUAAUAAUUGUUUGUAUAUUUUUUAAAGAUCUUACGUGGAAAUUGUUCAGUUUCUUGUGUGCCUUUUGAUGUCCUUUAUUUAAGCAUAACAACUUUUAAUACAUUUGCAAUUAUGUACAUCUUUUCAUGUUUAAUGUUUUAUUAUGUAUAGAUAUAUAUUGUAUAUACUGGAAGCCACCCCCGUUGCGCUGUGGGGUGAAGGGGAGUCAGAAGGCUACAGAAGCAGAACCUGGGAAAGGGAGAAAAGGGGGUGGUGCUUCUAAUUCAGAGGUCUGCAACCGCCAGCCCAUGGAGGCUGUUUAUCCGGCCCACAAGCCGCCCGGUCGGCAAGUCCCCCACGCUAAACUGGCGCAACACGGCACGGGGACUCGCCGAGUGGUGCCGGAAAUG